AUAUACUCAAAACAACUUCGCAGUCACGGAAUAUACACCUUUUCUGCGUUGACGCAAUUACUCGCAGAGAGAAAGAGCCCAGAGAUUUAUUUUCAUGGCAGUUAACAAGCUCCAAGCUUUCUGGAGCCACCCGGCUGGCCCUAAAACUAUUCAUUUUUGGGCUCCAACUUUCAAAUGGGGUAUAAGCAUAGCAAACGUCGCUGACUUCUCAAAACCUCCUGAGGUGCUCUCGUAUCCUCAACAAACAGUUGUAGCAUGUUCCGGACUUAUAUGGUCACGCUACGGUAUGGUGAUCACACCGAAAAACUGGAAUCUUUCUAGUGUUAAUUUUGCAAUGUCUGUAACAGGGUUGUAUCAACUAUCGCGAAAAAUAAAGCAUGAUUAUUUUCCUGAGAAAGAAGAAGCUGUCCCAGAAGGGCAAUGAACAACCACAUAGGCCAACAUGGAGUAAUGGUGUCAACAUUUCCUUAGAAAGUCAUUUGUUUGUGUUGGUUAUUGUAAAAAAUUGGUUUGUGGGAUUUGAAAAUAUUCAACUAGGGUGCAUAAUAAAUUUCUGCCUUAGAAUUUGCAAGAUGCCUAAUUAAUUUGUUAAUUUCCUUAAAUGUGUCAGUAUUAGACAACUUAACAACAAUUUCUACUAAAAAUGAAUUGUUGAUCCAAACAAGUUUUAUAUUGUUUU